UAUAAGUGGAUCAGUUGGAAGUUCAUUUCGCUAAAGACUAUUGUAGCAACUUAUUUACUAAGUAACUACGACUAGUUAUUGUUGUAAAAUGUUUCGUAUAGCAACGUUAUUGGUGUUAUUAUGUGUGGGAUAUUUAACUGCUGAAAAGCCAGUCGUUCACUUGGACUCCGAGAAGAUGGUCGAAAUAUUACCACAGGUGAUACAAUGCGUCGCCGAGACUGGGGUCAACAUUGAAGCUCUAGAAAAACUCCGUUUAGGGGUCCCUGGCGAGAUAAAAGACCCUAACCUCCCCAAAUUCGCCCAUUGCGCCUUUCUAAAAACGGGAUACAGUCAUGAAAAUGGCCGCGCAAAGGUGGACAAAGUUCUAAAACUGUUCCCUGCUGGUGAUUAUAAAGCGGCUCUGAAGAAGCACGUGCAAGAAUGCGACAAUGAUGGAAAGGACCCAGUGGAUACUACGUACCAAUUCUUGAAGUGUUUAUACAUGAAAUCGCCAGUGAUAGUAAGGUUUUGAUAAAAAAAAUUUUUUUGAUUCGUAGUAAUUUUGGCAUCUACAACAUACAUACCAAGUAAACAGUGAAAUCUAUAUGG